ACAAAGUUUUACAAGUAAAUUCACAGAAAAUUAUGUUACAUAUGGCAGUCUUCUACUUGUUAAGAAAAUUGAACUUAAAGAUUAUGAAUAUUCUUCACUAUCAGUUGAUUCAAAAUUACCAGUAGAAAAUAAUUCACCUUUACCUAUAACUUCUGAAAAUAAAAUUCAGAUACAUUUGAAAGAUGAAGUUCAAAUUUUAGAGAAAUUAGAAUAUUUAAAAAAUAAGAGUUCAAAU